UCUGUGCUCGCUCUGGGACCAGACAGGGUUUAGUUGUGGUGGCUUGCUGAACACUGGGCAUUGAUCAGGUCAGAGUGGGAGGGCAGCAGGCGUGAUCACAGAGCCUCCAGUGAAAACUGUGUGAGAGAAGUUUAUCUUGGCGCUGCAGUUUUCUCAGUGGUUCAGUAGAACAUGGCCUCUCUAUGAACUGAAGAGGCUCAGUCAACAAGUGAAUCUGGAUCGGCACUGUUGUGGGAGAUGAACAGUACCAGGUGUGUCUUCUGGUUUUGUGGAUAAAACUGAAUCAAUAUUGGUGAGCCAGUAUGGGGGACUGGAACUUGCUGGGGAAGCUGCUGGAGAGUGCUCAGGAACACUCCACCGUUGUGGGCAAAGUCUGGCUGACAGUGCUGUUCAUCUUCCGCAUCCUGGUGCUGGGAACUGCUGCUGAGAAGGUGUGGGGGGACGAGCAGUCCGGCUUCACGUGUGACACCAAGCAGCCCGGUUGUCAGAAUGUCUGCUAUGACAAGACCUUCCCUAUUUCUCACAUCCGCUUCUGGGUGAUGCAGAUCAUCUUUAUCUCCACACCAACUCUCAUUUAUUUGGGCCACAUCCUUCAUCUGGUUCGCAUGGAGGAAAAGGAGACACAGAAAGAGAAAGACCUUGCCAUCCAGAUUGAAAAGCAGCAACAGGUACUUGGCAACAAGGCCAAGAAGGCCCCAAUUAAAGACAACCAGGGCCACGUGCGUUUGCGCGGCACACUGCUGCGAACAUACGUCUUCAACAUUAUUUUCAAGACCCUGUUUGAAGUGGCCUUUAUUGUAGCUCAGUACUUUCUGUAUGGUUUUGAGCUGAAACCGAUGUACACCUGUGACCGCUGGCCUUGCCCUAAUGUGGUGAACUGCUACAUCUCCCGACCCACUGAGAAGACAAUCUUCAUCCUCUUCAUGCUGGCCGUGGCCUGUAUCUCCCUGCUGCUCAACCUGGUGGAAAUGUACCACUUAGGUUUCACAAAGUGCCGCCAGGGCCUUCGUUACAGACGAUCCCAGGCUGCAAGUGAGGCUCCAAAGGCCCUAACUGAGACUGUCAUGCCCUUUGUCCCAAACUACAACUACUUUGCUGGUCAUCCUGAACCUUUUCCUACGGAUUCAAAGUACAGCAUGGCAGAGCCAAACACUGCUUACAGCCCCUACAACAGCAAAGUGGUUUACAAGCAGAACAGAGACAAUAUGGCUGUGGAAAGAAAAGGAAAAGCAGAGGGAGAUGAUGUGAAGGAAAGACAAACCUCCACUCCUGCCUUUGAGUUUCCUGUUGAAAAUCAGCGUCGAAACAGUCAGUCAAGCAAGCACAGCACUAACAAGAGCAGAAUGGAUGACCUGAAGAUCUAGGGAAUUUCCAUGCCUCUAAGCAAGACUCAGGAACCACAUGUAUUAGGCUGUAAAAUAUGGAAGGUUAUUAGGAACAAAACUACAGAGAGAGUACAAAACAGAUCAUAGCUGUAAGAAAUUUGUAAGUCUAGAUUUGGGAAUAGGGUCAGAUUUGUAAAUGUAGAACUAGUAUUGAGUGCAAAAUCUGGAUAUUUUUGAGAACUCUCACAGUACUUUUUAAUGUGAGAGAUCAUUACAAACUGGCUUUAAAAGGACAAACCCAUAAAUGGCUCUUACAGCCAUAUUUUAAGCAAUCUAAUAGGUACAGAACAAUCAGUGUGACGUUACAGACAAGGGUUAAUAUGAUGACACUAAGCUAAGCAAGUUCUAAUUUUCAUUCAAAUCGCAGUCUUAAUUCCUCACAAUUCUUUGUUUGCACUCAAAAAUAUUCUGUGUCUACAAACUGCCUACAUUUUCUGAAAUGUUGACCUAUGCAUUAAUAAAAAAAAUAUUUUUGCCCUCACUCGUUUUGGCAUUAAUGAACUCCCAUAUGUGUGUGACGUGUAGAUGCAGGUAACAUGAAAAUUGUUUUGUUUACAAACAAUUUACCUAAAAAUCAAAAGCAAAAAGACUGUUGUUUGAGAAACAGACCAGAAUAAACCUCUUAUGGCAGUUUGAAUAUGUGAAAAACAAAACUCCAGCGUUUGUUGUCAUGUUGCUGUAAAUGUGGAGUGCACACAACUAAAAGGUAAAUUAUACAUUUAAGAGCCAUGUCGUUUACCAUGAGAGACUUCUCAAAUGCUGUUAUCUUUUCAGGAAACUUGAGACAAGUGUUUCCACUGAACAUUUAUCAAUAUGAUAAUAUGAAUUUUCUACAAAAAGCAGAUAUGUUAACAUCCACAAACCAACUAU